UUAGAGACUUCCUUUCCUUGGAGCCCCUGGAGGGAAAGAGGGCCAGACAAGCCCCUAAAGCCCUCAGCCAUCAUGGCCUUGAAACCCGAAGACUCCAGUGGUGGGUUCCAGCACGGCAACGUGGUGGCUUUCAUCAAUGAGAAGAUGGCCGGGCACACGAAAGGCCCCGAGUUCUACCUCGAAAAUAUAUCUCAGUCCUGGGAGGAAGUGGAGAACAAGCUCAAGGCCAUCCUGGAGGACAGCGCAGUGUCCAGUGAGGCCAAAGACGCCUGUGCCUGGAGCAGCCUGGCCCUAGGUGUGCGCUUUGCCCGCAGGCAGGGCCAGUUACAUGGGCACAGGGUGCACUGGCUGCAGGACUUCGCCAAACUGCAUAAGUCCACUGCAGAGACCUUGGCCUCAGACCUAAAGGAGCUCACAGCACAGCAGGAGAUAGAGCGCAGGGAGGCAGCCUUCCGUCUGCAGCAGACACAGGCAAACUUGGCGGAGAUACGGAAGGAAAGGGACCUCCUGAGGUGGAAGCUUCUGCGGGCUGAGCUGGAGUCUUCGCGGGAGCGGGUGCAGGUUGCAGAGGAGCCAGGCUUGGCCACUGCCAGUGACGCUGGGACAGAAGGAGCAGGUGAGGAGGAAGAGGCGGGGGCUGCCACUACUUAUGCUACUGCUGCUGGUGCCACAGGAAGAGGAAGAAGACAGAAAGGUGAAGAAGAGACAGAGGCCACAAAGAACCUUGGUGGAGGCCUUGUGCAUGUUCUUGGAGCUGAGCAGAAAAAUUAUACCUCUGGUGGGCAGAGGGAGGGAGAUGUCAGGUCAGUGGAUACAGCCAUGCUUUAUUUCUCUGGGACGAUGAAGCCCGGGACCACAGCCACACCCUCACCCCUGCCUGUCCAGCUCCCUGCCUCAUUCACAUACUCCUAUGCCUGCCCCUUUUCCCCCUUCCCACCUGCGCCCACACCAACCCCACCAGCAAUAAUGUUCACCCCAGGAGCUCCAUCUCAGAUAUCUCCCCACCGGAGGCCCUCUGAUGUUAACUUGUGGUCUGAUGUGGGGUCCCAGGGAACACGCCCUCAAGAAUCCCAAAGAGACAACGAUCUCCUUCAGCAGAGAAGAGCUCCCAUAUUUCGCAGACCCGGGGAUUGGGACUGCCCUUGGUGUAAAGCUGUGAAUUUUUCACGGAGGGAAAUUUGUUUCCGCUGUGGAAGGGGAAUCUGGCUGCAAAACCCCCAGUGAAUUCAGAAAUGUGAAAUAGAACGGAAACAUAUCCCAAUGGGAAAUCAAUUUUCAGAGGGAGGGGGAGAGAUGUGGGAGGGUUUGGGAAGAAUGGGGAGAAAAGGAGGGUGGGUGGAUGGGGCAAGGGGGUUAUGAGAAAGGUGGAAAAGUGGGGUGGGUAUGGAGUGGUGGCUGGGGAGGGUGUAGAUUAGGUGGUUGGGGGGAUAAAACAUAGACUUAUUUUGAUGACCCCCUUUGUGUUCCAGAGCAUUAGCAUUCCACACCCCAGAAGCACUGUAGCUUCUGUUAGUAUGUGUCUCCAUUCCCCACCCUAGUACCUGGUGGACCUGAGCAGCCAUGUUUGUGACAACCCACCCCUCUUCCCACCUAGGCUGUAUAUGAUUGGAGGAGUGGACAUCUGACCCAUCCUUAACAACACAGGUUCUUACACUAGAGAACCUGAAUAGAGAGGCAGAUUCCAUAGUCCCAUAGUCAGGAUGGUGUUGGGCAAGGAAGCAGUGGGUUAUUUGGAGUUGGGGCCAAGGUCAGAGUCACAGACACUGAGGCCACAGCUGAGGCCUGACCCUGGCUGUGGGGGAGCAGAACUGUGUGCUUUAUAGAGGCCGAGUGUCUUUUAGAGGAUGCCAGCAUGAGUUCCCAAGGAGCAGACAAGCACAGAGAAGCAAAGGAGUUGAUCCUGCAAACCCAGAGAUGGAGACAGUGGUGGCCUGACCACUUUUCCACUUCCUGCAAUUGUGUUGCAUGAAAAUCCACUCUACAGAGAUCCCCUUUUCUUUAAUUUAACUUGAAUGGGUUCCUUCUCUGGACAACCAGAUUAUUUCCGAGUCAGAAAAUGAUACCAGAAGAGCAGGGCAUCAAAGAAAAUGUUGGAACUGACUGGGGAGGUGCAUCAGGUAGUGGGGAUUCCUGAAUCCCAUGAGUCUCCAAGAAUAAACUGGACAGGAAUCUUGUUCAUGUUCUGAACAAGUUAUAUCACAAGAAACAAUCAAAACAGGCCUAGGGUUAACUACUUGCUUAUGACACAACAGAGAUUUCCUGCUCCAAGGGAAUCUCAGGACUGCGUGAAUACUUUUUUUUAAGUUUAUAGUGCAAGUGGGGGAAGGGUAGAGGUGGGGGUGGAGAGAGGAAAAUCCCAAAAAGGGUCCGCACUGCCAGUAAAGUGCCCAAUGUGGGGCUCGAACCCACAAACCGAGAGAUCAUGACCUGAGCUGAAACCGAGAGUCAGACUCAACUGACUGAGCACCCAAGCGCCCCAGGGCUGCAUAUAGAGGAUGCCAGCAUGAACUGCAAGCAAGGACUUCUACCUAUGGCUGUUCAGCCCCAUGACAGAAGAAUCCUCCCCAGUACCCAGUGGGCAGAACUGGGUAUAGUCACAUGCCACUACCAAGGAGGUGAGUCAGCAGCUGAUAGUGCCCAGAGGGUUUAUUGGUUUAGACCACUGACCAAAGUAUGCUGCCAUCCUGAGGGAUUCUCUUCCCCAGCUCAUCACCAGGUUAACAGUGGGAGAAGAAUCUGGCUACAAAGCCCUCAGUGAAUUCAGAGUGUGGAAUAGAACAUAGCCCAACCAAGAAAGGGGGAGGGUGAUGGUUGUCUGUGUCUCCCCCUCUUAUGAUUAUAAGCUGCAUUGAGCAGGGUUAAAUGUAUGGUUUAGCCCACAGGUGGAAAGAUGUUAAGGAGUCAUACCUGGACCAGACUGAGACAACUGGAGGAAGCUUGGAUGUUACCUGGGGACUGGGGACCUAGAAACUGAGGUUGUCAUGGGCCUGGGACAUCUCUGCAGCAUCUGGGUGUGACUUUGAGUUGUCUCAUUUGGGAACAGAUACAGAUAAUCAUUUUCAAGAUUUGGGGCCAGAUCCCUAGCUAGUUAUUAAAGGGCCUAUACUUGUUAGAAAUGUCUUCAGACUUUCACCACCUCAGUACUCUUGAUACUUUGGGCUGGAUACUUACAUGUUUCAGGGAAUUGUGCUGUGCAUUUAGGUUGUUUGGCAGAAUCCCUAGCCUCUACACACUUGGUAACAAUAGCACCCACCCCUCCGUUGUGACAACUAAAAAUGUGACAGCUAAUAAUGUAACAUGUCCACUGGAGGGCAAAAUCACCCUUAGUUGGGAACCAUUAAGGCAAUAAGGUCCUUAGGACUAGUCAGAAUAGGGGGAAGAGAGUUGCAAGAAGAGCAUGCUCAGCAAUGCCCAGGGCUGCAGGGAAUGCCCUAAGGAGGUAAAAAGUAUUCACUUGGUCUGGUGUUCACUUUUUAUUUUUAAGCAAAUAUGGGUGGAGGAGGGGCAGAAAACAAACCAGGGAUUUAGGUGGGAAGGGAAGAUGUGCAGUCAGUGAGGGAAGCUCAUCAAGGAUUCCUGGAUGUGAAGAGAAGGAGUGAGAUAGGAUACCCAGCUGAGAGAUACAAAGUUCUUUUGAAUUUGGGAGAAACUUGAACCAUGGGGAAGGAAACAGCUAAAGAAACCUUGAAGACACAAGAAAUAUGAAAAGAAGGAGAUAGACCCUGUAUACUGCUUUGGAGGCAUGUCCAUUGUACUAUUAAAUAAAUAAAAUAUGAAGGCCAA